GAGAGACUGAAGAGAAAAGGGGACAAGAGAUGAGACGAGAUGGAAGAGAAGAAUAAACACCUGAACACAAGUUAAACGUUUUGGAGGGUUUAGGUGACGCACAGUGGAGAUCCACCACCACCACCACCACCACCACCAUCAUCAUCAUCAUCAUCAUCAGCAGCAGCAGCAGCAGCAGUGCCGUCAUUGAACAUCAUGCUACUGUGACUUGAGAAGAGGCAUCAGCUGUGGUGUGCUAAAGGAGGCACGCUGACAGCCAACGAGAGGCCUGAGAGAACCUGAGAGAACCUGAGAGAACCUGAGAGAACCUGAGAGAACCUGAGAGACGCACGGCAAAGGCGGAGAGGAAGACAGAGGAAGGGAAGAUGAGAAAGUGAUCAGCUGGAUUGUUGCUUUUGAACAGUGGCAGAAGAAACUACGACGACUACACGUCCCCCAAAAUUCCACAGGCCCCAGAUCUGAUUGGAUGGUUAUGCCAGAAUGACAGCCGAAGAUUCUGCUUCCUCCUCAACCAUGAGCAACAACGCUGCCCCAUCCAAACCCGCCAAGUCCCCCAAGUCCUCUCAACUGUCUCUCCACGAACAGAUUAAUAUCCCCGAGGGUGUCGCGGGUGCUCCGUAUGAGGCUGCACUGAAGUCUCUGGUAGAGCGCACUGGCUACAGUAUGAUCCAGGAAAAUGGUCAGCGUAAAUAUGGCCCUCCUCCUGGUUGGAGUGGUCCUGCCCCUCAACGAGGAUGUGAAAUCUUUGUGGGCAAAAUCCCUCGGGAUGUAUACGAGGAUGAGCUUGUGCCAGUGUUUGAGUCUGUCGGACGCAUCUACGAGAUGCGGCUGAUGAUGGACUUUGACGGGAAGAACCGAGGGUAUGCAUUUGUAAUGUACACAGAGAAACACGAGGCCAAGCGCGCAGUGCGGGAGCUCAAUAACUAUGAGGUGAGACCUGGGCGGCUACUGGGGGUCUGCUCCUCUGUGGACAACUGCCGUCUUUUCAUUGGUGGCAUCCCCAAGACCAAAAAGCGUGAGGAGAUUCUGGAGGAGGUCUCUAAAGUGACAGAGGGUGUACUAGAUGUCAUAGUUUAUGCCAGUGCUGCAGACAAGAUGAAGAACCGUGGCUUUGCCUUUGUAGAGUACGAGUCACAUCGCGCGGCCGCCAUGGCUCGCAGGAAGUUGAUGCCUGGACGUAUUCAGCUGUGGGGUCAUCAGAUCGCAGUAGACUGGGCUGAGCCAGAGAUUGAUGUGGAUGAAGAUGUGAUGGAGACGGUGAAGAUCCUCUAUGUCAGGAAUCUCAUGAUGGAGACCAGCGAGGAGGCAAUCAGACAGGUAUUCAGCCAGUUUAACUCUGGAUGUGUCGAACGGGUGAAGAAAAUCCGUGAUUAUGCCUUCGUCCACUUUACCUCCCGAGACGAUGCUGUCCUGGCCAUGGACCACCUCAAUGGCACAGAGGUGGAAGGAUCCUGCAUUGAGGUGACGCUCGCCAAGCCGGUGGAUAAAGAGCAGUACUCGCGUCAGAAGGCCUCCAAGGGGGGAGUCCCUGCCACUCCAGAGCCGGCUCAGCAGAACUACGUAUACCAGUGUGAUCCAUACACACUGGCUUACUAUGGUUAUCCCUACAACACCCUCAUUGGACCUAACAGGGACUACUUUGUGAAAGGAACCCCAAUGAUACAGAACAAUGCAGGUACUGUGCGAGGUCGUGGUCGUGCUACUGCAGGUAACCGUACCCCUGGACCACGGGGUUCAUACCUGGGGGGUUACUCUGCAGGUCGUGGCAUCUACAGCCGCUACCAUGAGGGCAAGACCAAGCAGCCUGAAAAGCCCUAUGAGCUGAUGCCCAGUCUGGAACUUGCUGCCUCCGUCAACCCAGUUGGCAUCAAACCUGGCACAAUGGCCUUGCCGACUCUGGGUGGCCAGUACCCAGUGUUCAGUGCGGCUCCUGCAGCCAAGCUGAUGGAGGAGGGGAAGGUGCACACGGUGGAGCACCUCAUCAACCCUCUGGCCAUUCAACACGCUGAUCACACCACCACUAACGCUGCUGCUGCCGUCCUACCUGCAGUCUCUACCCCUCCACCUUUCCAGGGUCGUCCAAUCACUCCAGUUUAUGCCAUGGCCCACAAUGUACAGCGCAUCCCGACAGCUGGAGGCCUGUAUGGAGCAGGAUACGUCCCCAUCGCUAACUACACUGCCAACUCGGCUGCGCUGGCUGCUCUGCAGAAGAACGCGGCAGUGGCGGCCGCAGCAUACGGCGGCUACGCUGGCUACGCUGUGCCUCAGGCCUUUCCCACUGCGACCUUCCAGCUGCCCAUCCACGAUGUCUACCAGACAUACUGAUUGUGACCACUCUGACAACAUGAACGAUCCUGUCUGUGACUGAACGACCAGUGCCACAUCUCAGAAAGGGCCCGUGCCAUCAUACAGAAACAUCUCUUGAACUUGUGAACCAGCAAGAGCGCCACAGGAGUAUAGUGUGAAGCGGACGUUCAGAGCACAGACAGCGACAAAACAACAAAAAAGACAUCUCACAUCUGUUCCAUAUACUGGUCUCAUCAUAUCUUGGACCCAAGGCGCAACACUGCUGCUUUUCUACUGAAUAUUACAACACACGUAGAAGACAGUCUGAGGACUGAGGAAGUACAUGCCAACACAUGGUGACCGCUCGUAAUAUGCAAUAAUUCACAGUAGCUACACAAACAUCUCUCCUCGACCUUUUUUUUCCUCUGACCCCUCACCACUGUGUUUCCAUGGCAACGGGAAAAUUGAAGGUACAUUUGAGUAUUUAUGAAGAGAAAAUGCUUAUUUUAGUCUUUUUAUUUUGGGUUCAUGUUUGUUUUCUGAAGCAGGAAUGAUAGACCUGUACAUUGUUUAAAAAAGAAAAAGAAAAAAAAGUGUUAAGUCGAGGAAUGGGGAGAAAUAAAUAAAUAAAAGUUCAACACAAACUACUGACAUAUGGGGACAUCGUGAGGACAGCUGUCUGGAAGUACUGGGUGGGUUUUUUUGGGUUUUAUUUUUAGUAUUUUUCUCAUUAUUAUUUAGUAUUCUAGCCAAUUCUACAUGCUGUAGGUGACGCUUUCCGUCCAUGCUGGUUGAAUGUGUAUGCUUCAAACACGCCUGUUUGGUACUUUUUGGUUCAGUAAAAUGAGUUUGUUCUAAAUGAAGGUUCAAAGUAUUGUUUUGUUUUUUUUUGCCUAUAAGUAGUGUACCUGUCUUUAUGUGUCAGCUCAAACAUUUAGAAACAUAUAGUUAUAGCCUAUCGUGGUCUGUUGGAGGAAGAGUAAACAGCUUAUUAAUAUUGUUUUGACAGAUUCCCUGGGAACAAAUAAUAGAGAAAGAAAACUGGAAAGCUUUUUUUUUUUUAACUGGUGGGCUGGUUUAUCUAGAAACCUCACUAAAAGUGACAUCUUGAAAACACAGAUACGUUUCCCAUCCUCUAAUGCUGCGCUGGCAGGGGACUUCGACUGAACACAUAUUAGCUGUUUUAUUGUUUUCCGUGUUUUUUUCUUCCUCAUUUAUGUAUGUUUUAUUGAUGUUUUUGAUAUGUUUAACUCUUGAAAGGUGAACAAAUAUGGACAGAAAUGACAGACGUUUUUUUCUAUUUGGACUGGAGUAUUCUCGCUCUCUCGCUCUCUCGCUCUCUCUCUCUUCCUCUCAGAAAGCGCUCCUCCAUUUGCCCAAUACUAACCAAAAACUCCUGGCGAUACCGUCCAGUGUCCUGACACCAGAAACCUUACAUCCACACGUGUGUACCAUUACAUCUUUUAUUAUGCCUUUCAUAACAAAGACGUCCAUCCGUGCCAAGCACUGGAGUCUUCUCAUUCAUAUUUAUGUGUAAGUAACCAGAUUUGUCGUAAAACUGUGUUCUGGAGACGAGUAGGUUUCAUUCUCUGCAGUCAGAUGUGAAAAGGCUACCUCUCUCCUCUCUGAAUGAUCCUGCGCUAACACUCCGUACGUCUGUCUCCACUUUAUUUCUUGUCCUCCAAACUGUGCUUGACCAUGGUGCACUUAAACGUAUUUAUGAAAGGCAAGAGAUUUGCCGCUUUCAAAUGAAGAGAUAUGAAAUACUAAGCAUGAAUUAAUGUGUGAACUGGGCUCAUUUUUCAGUGUCUAUAUAUGUCUGACAGAGUUUCUCCAUGCAGAUAAAGCACAAACAAAUCCAUAAAAUAAUCCAUGUGAAUGUUCGGUGGGCACUUUGAAAACUCUGCUGUGUGUACAACUGAACAGGAAAUGACUGGCUCUAUACCUCAUGCUGAAAUACACACGUAGCUAUGCAUGUGUCGUAUGUACGACAACACACAAACAGCUGUCAACCGUGAAGUCACAAUCCACGCCAGCCAUUUUGUUUAAAAUGCGAAACAUGCCAAGCUGACUCACUGAUUUUAGAAACAUUUUACACACAAAUAUGAAGACUUAAGUGAGUGUCUGGAUUUCGAAGUUGUGAGAGAGAUUGUGACUAAGUUAUUGACCCAAGACAUGAAUUGAAUUUGUUUGAUCGCUAUCUUCACUUGUCUCCCCUCUGUAAAUGGAUUUCACGUCAGAAAAGAAGAAGAAAACUGCUGUUAACUGCUUUCAAUAUUUUCUUGUAUGAUGACAAUAAGUCAGGAUAUAUUUAAUAUAUGCAUUAUGUAUGUUGUGAAUGAAGUGAGAAGAAAAGGUAUAAUAUAUUCUAAAAAUGUGUUUCUUUUCUUUAUAUACACUUUGUUUAGGGAUUAAAAAAAAAAAGUCAGAGUAACAAAAGUAGAGAAAAUAUUUUUUUUUUGCCAAAGUGUCCAAUAGUUUUUAAUCAUUCAAGGCUUCUUCUUUUCUUUUUUUUGUUAUGUGUUAUGAUAUGUUUGUGUCUUUUUAAGCAGAUUUGGUGUAAUGAGUGGGAACAGAAAGGCCUUCUCUUUCUGCUGCAUAUUAUCAUCAACCAAGACUAAAACUGGCUGACUGAAGCGUGACGACCCAUUGGCACUUUAAGCUGAUGGUGUUGCAACUAUGUUUGUCAGUUGUGGCUAAGCCAUUAAAGGCCUAAUCAUAAUUUAACUCACUGGUUAGCAGACAGUUGUGUUUUCUGCCUCCCACUCAAAACAUGUGCUUUAACUCAUAUUGCCUGCAUUUCACCCACACUGCUGCAUUUGCACGAACUGUUGUUGCUCUUCGUGUCAGUGGUGUUUAGCUACAUUAUGCCUAGAUAAAUAUAGGUAUUACCAUUUAAACUCUUUUUAGUGUGUGCCUUAUUGCCAAGAUGUGCCCUUUGCCAUUACUUUGUAAACCUAUGCAGACUUUUUUCUAUCAGAAGGUUUGAUUAAAAAAAAAGCUUGUUUGCCAUUGUUAUAUUUAUAGUGAUGCAGUAGAUAAAUAAAGCAUUUUCAAAAGAA